AAGCUAUCUUUCACUACCGUGAAAUGGAAACGUGGCUUGUAAUGAGUGGACUCGUAUUGCAAGUUUACAACUCAGCCUGCAACCAAGUUUUACUAGCACAGCAACGCGGUAAAAGAAGCUGCUGGUGAGUGGUGAGGCCAAGCAGUUCAUAACCUAACCCAAACGCUGACUUUGUUUCUCUUCUCGACAUCAUUGAUUGGCCGCUCGCUCUUGUUGAACCAACUCAACUGCAAAGCUGUCGCUUCUUCUUCCACAAAAAUGGCCACCGAAACGCCGACACUAUCUGAGCGAUACGAACUGAAGGGAAAAGAAGAGAAGACAGAUGUGGUUUCAAAACCUGUAGAAGUAAAAGAAGAGGAGAAACCAGCGACUGCUGUUUCUGAGGAGGCCGCGGAGAAAGCUGAGGAAGCACCACCACUUGCUGCUGAAGAAAAAACUGAAGAUACUCCUGCUGCCGCUGAAGAAAGCACUGAAGCUCCCACUACUGAUGAAAGCAGCAGUGAAGAUGCUCCUGCCGCUGCUGAAGAAACCAAUGAAGGUACAGAAGAGAACUCAGGAGAAGAGGCUGUGGAAGAGAAGAAGGAGAUUAAGCUUGAGACAGCACCAGCUGAUUACCGCUUCCCAACCACAAAUCAAACAAGGCACUGCUUUACCAGAUACAUUGAGUAUCAUCGGUGCGUAGCUGCCAAGGGUGAAGGUGCUUCAGAGUGUGAUAAGUUUGCCAAAUAUUAUCGUUCUCUCUGCCCUAGUGAAUGGGUAGAGAGAUGGAAUGAGCAAAGGGCGAAUGGCACAUUUCCGGGUCCUCUGUAGGUGGGUGCCUGUUUGAAGACCGCCAUGCAGUUUGUUUUCUGCUCCUAAAUCGAAGUUUCCACCAACAAGUUAGUACCUUAAUGAGAGGUGUUUUUCUCAGGGAAUGUCCUUUUCGAGUCAGUAAGUUAAUAAGAAAUUUUGUCUUGUUUAUUAGAAAUAAGCUCAAAUCUGAACACGAAGAAUUUGUUGCUUGCGAGAGUUAUUGCCAUCUUAAGUUGGAGCUUACUUUUUCCCAUCAUUUCUUUUCUGCUUCAACUGUUAUGUAACAGGUACUCAUUACAGUUUAAAACCCAAAAGAAUCUUGAAUUAGAUAUUAAUAACACAUACUUCCCUUCGAUUACUCAAGAAA